CUUCGCCCUGGUCCGGGUGCUUCUCAGUCAGUACCACGCUCUCCCCUUUUAUUCUCAGUGUUCCUCGAGUUUCGUGCCCUAUCUGUCAGUCCUCUACCAUCGUUACCUGGUCCUAUCUAUCUCGAACGUCCGUCGUGGCCUGAGGGAGAGCCAAGGCCGUCCCGCACUGGUGCCGCGGGCUCUCGCCACCUGAGCGGCCCGGGCAGGGAGCGCUAGCGACCGACACUUGUUGAAAGGAAACUUUCGCGUGCCGUUGUGGAACUCGCGUCGGUGUCGAGCUGUCUCGGAUUGUAGUGCUUCAAGUGGUUCAUCUUCAAGGAAGAUACCCUGUGUAAGUUUCUCGAGACCUACGUUUGGCUGAGGGACUCGUUAUCCAGUCAAGUAAGAACCCUGAGGGGGUCACAGUAACGUGGCAGGAUUGCUGGGUCAGGGAACGCGUGGUGCACGCCCUACGGCCUCACCCUCCCUCAACAGUACACAAACUGUACAGUUAAGUGUAGGUCCGGUCAUGGAGAGUUGGUGAGUACCGAAAGGUGACAAACACAUCAACAUACUGGCGUAAGUUGAAGGACGGAAUACUCGCAUCCUCUCUCCAUAAAGGCAACACUCACAACACUUAACAUCGACAUUAGUGAAACGAACUCUUUCGACCCCUCGUGCGUCACUACGCUGGCCAUAGUAUUACUGUGUAGAAAAACAAACAAACCAAACAUAAUUUAAUCCCGUUAUUACGCAAUGUGUGAAGCGCCAGGAUCACAAGUAACAAAUGAUACAUACUGAGCUGCCGGGAAGGAAUUCAUCGAUUAGACGCAACACACAAGAAAAGAACGCAUCACCUCUCAACACACACUCGCUCCGGCUAAUUUGUUAACAGGCAGCUCACGGUUAAUGCCUGACUCCGUGAGAGGAAGAUGACUUGAGGCAGAACUCGAGGAAUUUAUUGUUGCGACAUAGUGUUACCGGCUGUGUCCAUCCCUACGUCCUUUCUGCCGCUAUUCUGCCCCGGUGUGGAGGGCAUGGGCGGCAAAUAGAGCACCGUUGCACACCUGACCUACUCCUCGUCUGCCGCUUGGCUAAGGUGUGUUGGUGUCUGUGCGUGGGUCUUCUGCAGGAUUUGCUCACACCUGCUGCCGCAGGUGUGGUGGCACUCUUGAUAUGGACGAGAGUGCAUCUGGUCGCGCAGACCGGAACGCCGAGUGUCUGGAGGACGUCAUAGAAACAGACAUGGAUUAUUACUACUGCGAUGACACUGACCUUGGGACGGAGAGCUUCAGUCUAGGAAGCUUCGAUGGGCAGGGCAGCGGGCGGAGACUCACUCGGCGGGAAGAGGCAAGGGCGCUGGGUAUGACUUCCCCGUACAUCUUUCCCCCCAGAGCUCCACAAGACUUGCCUCCCAAAAGGAAGAGGAACCCCAGUUUAAAGGAGGCUGCGGCAAUCACUGCCAUAACGGUGUCCUCGGGCUCACAAGAGUCCAGCGCCCCGCCCUUGCAGAGUCCAAAUCCUCAACGUAGCCCAGGCAUCGUGCUGGGCGUAGAGGAUCCCAAACCCAGCUCCCCUGGCGUCACCUUCUCUGACACGCCGUCUGUCCUGCCUGAGAGCUCUAGGAACGGGCGUGCAGGCGGCCUCGUGUCCUCGGUGAUGGAGGCUCGCACGCUUUGGGAAGGACGGUAUGCCAUGAAGGAGAGGAAGACCGUCAAGACAACCUUUCAAGGACGCGUCUACAACUUUCUGGAAAGACCCACGGGAUGGAAAUGUUUUCUCUACCACUUCUCUGUGUAAGUACCCACUCACAUCCCU